GUCCCAGUGUACCAUUUCCUUUAAAUUCUUCGCGAAUUUUUAACGCUUCCUGUCACCUGGAAUAACCAGUUUAGUAGUGGAUUUUUUAAACCCGAGUACAAGAGUCUUGCAGCUAUAUGACUACCAGCUCGGUGGUUCACCACUCUCACGAGUCACUCUGGUAAAGGACCUUUGGUGUGAGGCUCGAUGACAAACUGUCUUUUGAGCCACAUAUCAACUCAGUCCUCGAGUUAGCCAACAAAUUUUUGGGCCUCAUCACCCGAAUGGCGACUGAUGGUCCGUGAUCUGUUGUGCUUGAGGGCGUUGUAUUGCUGCUGGGUCCUUCCUAUCUUGGAAUACGCCAGCGUCGUUUGGUCCCCAGCAGGUGUCACCUCUAUGAAUAGGUUGGGGAGGGUACAACGGAAGUUUUCUAGAAUCGCCGUAAGGCGCUUCCUAAACGACCCCAGUGCUGCUUCUCCUCCAUACUCGGUACGGUGUCAGUUGCUGGGACUGGUUGGCUUAAAAGACCGUCAUUGUCAGGCGCGCAGGCUCUUUAUUGCCAACAUGCUUCUUGCCAACAUUGACUCCCCUACCCUCCUGGCAGCCAUUCCCAUCUAUGUCCCAUCCUACCAUUACUGCCCAGCCUACGGGGAGUCGCUCCAGACGGGAUCCGAUACGCGCACCACACAUCUCCAAAGGAGCAUCCAGCAGGUUCAAAUUAAAUGCGUUUAAAAUGGCAGACAACAAAUGACUUGAUCAGUGACAUAAAACAAAGACUCCUUUGAAUGGAGGUUUUGUUCCCCAUCGAUUCACUUCGUUACACCAGAACUAUGUUUGGGAAUUCUCAGCUGAUCCAUAUUUAGCAGCGACACAAGCUCUUCUCCAAGGCACCAACAGCAGCAAAAGCUCACAUUGCCCACCUUGAGAGCUCACUCCAAUAUGGUUUAAAUUUGGAUCGUGCUCCACACAUUUCCACCAUCGGAAGGAAAGGAAGAAAGUGAGUUUCGUGUAGCCUUUUUUGUCUUCUUUAGCCCGCCGGCUGCCUGCCGCCGUCUCUGCGCCCCCGAAACCGGAACACAACACCCAUGUUGAAUUAGCUUCAAUUAUUACGGUCGUCUUUGGGGUUACAAGGGGGCGCCAUAUUUUCGGAAUCGGAUGGAUUGGGCGCGGUGGAAUAGAAAUUUACACGCACGUAUAAAAUGUAGUGGACAGAUGGUGUAGUGCUCGCAUUCGAGUUACAUCCGUGUGCGCGAAAGGAAGUGUAACAAACUUUGUUUGCUAGGGUGAUCUACGAUCACGUUAGGUGCUUCGCUAGUGACAAUACGAUCGUUCGUGUGCUUUGUGUUCAAAAGGAUCAAUCAAUCGUAUCGUACGCUAUUGUAGUAUUGUGAAUCGCGAAGUGAAGUGCACAGACGGCAGUCAUGUCUUUCCUCAAGCAAUUGCUACUGGUGGCAGCAAUGUUGGUGCUGGUGACGGCCCAAGACCUCGCCGAAUCAAGCACCAAAUCGGUAGAUGAGGGUCGCCGAAGAAAACGGUUCUCAAAAUUCCUAUUUAAAGCCCUUGGACCCAUCCUGUCUACCCUCACGACGGUGGUGCUGGUAAAAGCAAAAAUUGUACUGGUGGCCCUUUUUUUUGCUGGAAUUUACUUCUUUGGGCACAAAAUAUUUCCGGGUGGAUUUUUCGGUUCGUCCUUCAUUAGUGAAACACCACCACCGUUCCUCGAAUCCAGCCCUUACACCGGGUACCAUGCGGCAGGACACGAAAUCAUCUCGAGCUAUCCCGGACCGGAACCAUUCUCCAGCUAUGACCCUUCGUCGAGCAGCUUUGAUUCUCCGUCGUCUAGUUACUUACCACCGUCGAACGCUUACUUACCUCCUGCGUCGGGUUCUUCGUCCUCGUACUCAUCGUACUCCAAGUUUUCUGGAUCUCGGCGAAAGCGUGAUGUGGUGGUGGGUCGCCAGUCAGCAACCGGAAGCGACCGGAAUGAAGAUGAUCUGGAAGAGAAUGAAAUGUACUGGACUGACACUCUAACCGACAUGACGUUCCGCUUUCUGGGAGUGAAUCGACGCGUCUGUCGCAAGCGGUUUGUCUGUGAGUUUGAUUUCCAGGCAAGAAGGAACCCGAUUCUUCUAUUCGUUACACGUGCCAUCGGCCGGGAUGUUUUCCACAACUAUCGUGACGCUGGUGAUGAGAAAGCUGCCAGCUACAGAGACUGUGGCCGUAUCUACGAGGAUUGUAAAGUUCCGAAGAGGAAAAAGUUCACUCGUCGUCCCGUUCGUCCUUUGGCGACUCCACAACAACAACAGUUCCCUUCUCCAGCAGAUGCAAACGAAUACGACAAUGUGCAGGAUAAUGAAAUUGACUCGACCGGGCCCGUGCUGGAAACCACAACGAUGCCCUCCAUUAGCCCUAGCCGAAGCAAAUUGAUACUGCUUCCCAAGAACAGUAACAAUCGCUUCCGGAGAAAUUAAUUGUCCGGAUUGCUCUGGCCCGGUUGGUACGCGAUAUUGUACAUAGGUU